CCCGGCUAUACAGUCGGAGGCAUUCCCUCGUACACUCCUUAAUACGAUUUCAUCCAGUUCGACUAUCACGUUUGCACACCGAAGACCUCGCAGCCGUGCAGGACGCACGCCGCUUCGAGUCCUUAAGAAAAGCGAUUACCUGCCGAUACCGAUACAAGUCCACCUAGAGAUUGCAUCACCCACCCCGUACAAAUCCGACUCGGGGAAGAUCGCGCGCGCACACACACAUCUCCAAACAUGUCGGACCAGAACCAUGCUCCCACGGCGCGGUCGAAGCCGCCGCCGCCGGGCGAGGAGGAGGCGGGCGCGGUGCUCAAGCUGGGCGAGUUCCAGGACGUGGACACGCUGACGCUGUCGGAGGCGGCGCUGGUCAUCAACGCGCUCAUGGCGAAGCGGCGCAAGGACCGCAAGGACCGCAACGAGACCGACGUGCUCGUCAAGACGCUCGACUACCUCGACUCGUUCGCCCGCUUCAAGCAGAAGGAGAACGUCGAGGCCGUCGAGCGCCUGCUGAGCGCCCAGAAGGAGCUGACCAAGUACGAGAGGGCGCAGAUUGGCUCGCUCUGCUGUGACAGUGCAGACGAGUGCAAAACCUUGAUCCCUUCCCUCGCGGACAAGAUCAGCGACGAGGAUCUCCAAGAGUUGCUCGACGAAAUGGCCAAGCUCAUGAGCACUUGAGCUCUCCGGGCGAGAGACCUUGUGUGGAGGGAUCUGGAGGGGCUUAGUGCAUCUCGGCGGGACCUCCAG